AAAGAGAAAAGACUACUGAAUGCUGUCAGUACUUCGUGGAGUCGCAACGACGUCGUUCUGGGUCUCCUUCCCCAAUCCCUACUGCAAAUACCGUUCCGCAGGGCAGCAGGAAAUCUUUGCCCCAUUUAACUUAUUCUUCAAAGCUGCGGGUUUUACGAGGUCUCGGAAGAGAAGUUCGAAUUUAGCCCGAAGUCUGCGUCUGCAAGUCCAUUCUGUUAAGGAGUGAAUGCCCUUGGAAGGUAUGGCGAUCGCGCAUGUGCUCCUUGGAAAGCCCGACUGGUUUUAAUUUGCGUAUCAAGCAUUGGAUGCGAACAUUAGUGAAGAGAGUUUUCUUCGUUAUGCUCGUUUCGCUUGAAGGUUUUGAUUGACGAAAUGUUAAAGGAUAUUCGGUUUGCUCGCUUGUUACCUCUUGAAUGUUGCACAUUUUAUGAUGGAUCAUCAAGGUGGUGCUGAGGACAAUAUAGGAAUUCCUGAUGAUCUGCGGUGUAAGAGAUCUGAUGGAAAGCAAUGGAGAUGCACUGCCAUGUCCAUGCCCGACAAAACUGUGUGUGAAAAGCAUUACAUACAGGCAAAGAAAAGGGCAGCAAGUUCUGCAAUGCGAGCAAGCCUGAAGAAAAAGCGAAAAUCAUUAGGUGAAAGUGAUAUCUAUUUGGAAAGUAAGAGUGAUGAUAUGGAUCUACCUCUUAGCUCACAAUUUGGUGAUUAUUCUGGCUCUUCUGGGAAAAAGAAAAAGGAGAAAUUAUCCAAAAACCAGGCAAAAUAUUCACCUGAGGCACCGCCAGGUAGGAGUUUUUCUGGUCGAAGUUCUUUGAGGUCAACUGAUGAUCUUGAAAGAGAUGGUUCUGAGUAUGAAGAUAGUAGGAGAUGCUAUAGAACACCGCCUACGUCUGCUGUAGAUUCUGAUAGAAGCCGGUCGCAGAAGAUGUUUGAGAUUAGUCCUAUGACGGUGAGUGGAAUACUGUCCGGUGUGAAUAAAGAGGCUUCUGAUGGAAGCUUGGAAUCCUCUGAUGAUGAUACUGGGGAACAGCCUUGUCACCAGUGUCGAAGCAGUAACAGAGAUAGAGUGGUUUGGUGCCUCAAAUGUGAUGGAAGAGGAUAUUGUGAAAGCUGCAUUGCAACAUGGUACUCUGACAUCCCAGUAGAGGAAUUCCAAAGGCUCUGUCCUGCAUGUCGUGGCACAUGUAGUUGCAGGGUGUGUAUGCGAGGGGACAAUCUGAUUAAGGCAAGGAUUAGAGAAAUACCUGCUAAAGAUAAGUUGCAGUACCUCUACUGCCUGUUAGCUGCAGUGCUUCCGAUAGUGAAGCAGAUCCAUGCAGUACAAUGCUCUGAGGUAGAACUGGAAAAAAGGCUCCGAGGAAAUGAAAUCGAUUUGGGCCGAACUAAAUUAAAUGCUGAUGAACAGAUGUGCUGGUUAGUUGGUGCAUAUUGGCUUUCUAUUUGCAUAUGCUUUUCUAUGGCAUGCAUGAGAAUUUUUUUUUCUUACUUCACAAAAUUGAGAACAUGUGAUUUCUGCAGGACACCUAUCAUCGAUUAUCACCGACACUGCAUAAAUUGUUCUUAUGAUCUAUGCCUUAGCUGUUGCAAUGAUAUCAGGGAGGCAUCCAUGUGUUCUGUCAAUGAGGAUAUGGGUUCUGUUGGUAAUGAAUCCCAAAAAAAUGAUAAAUUAAUAGUGCGCAAGCCUUCAUGUUUGUCAGAUGUUCAGUUAAAUUCAUUAAAAAAGCUCACUGAUUGGAAAGCAAAUGCUGAUGGAAGUGUUCAAUGUCCGGGAAAGGCACAUGGAGGGUGUGGAUCCUCUGUGUUAACUCUGAAACGCAUCUUCAAGAUGAAUUGGGUGGCCAAACUAGUAAAAAAUGUUGAAGAAAUGGUUAGUGGUUGCAAGAUAGAUGAUUCUGGUAAUCCUGAGGAAAUUUGUGAUGGUCUCAAGCUUUGCCAAGCUGCACACAGAGAAGACAACGACAACUUCUUGUAUCAUCCAUCUUCAGAAACUCUGAAGAAUGAUGGGAUUAAAGACUUCAGAAUACAUUGGAGAAGGGGGAAGCCUGUUAUCGUUAAGAAUAUUUUUGAUGCAUCUGCAAUGGCUAUCUGGGAUCCUCUGGCUAUAUGGAGGGGGGUAAGAGAGACAGCAGCAGAGAAGAUGAAGGAUGAAAAUAUUAUUGUGAAGGCCAUUGACUGCAGGGACCGGACUGAGAUUAGUAUUGAGCUUGAAGAGUUUAUCCAAGGAUAUUCUAGUGGCAGAUUGCAGGAUAAUGGCCAGUCACAAUUAUUAAAAUUGAAAGAUUGGCCUUCACCUAGUGCUUCUGAAGAAUUUUUGUUGUAUCAGAGGCCUGAUUUCAUCAGUAAACUUCCGCUGCUUGAGUUCAUCCACUCCAAAUGGGGUCUGCUAAAUGUAGCUGCAAAACUGCCUCAUUAUUCCUUGCAGAAUGAUGUGGGUCCCAAGAUAUAUAUCGCUUAUGGGGAAGUGGAAGAAAUUGGUGAUUGUAAUUCUACGGAGAAUUUGCAUCUAAACAUGCGUGAUAUGGUAUUUCUUUUGGUGCACAUAUGUGAGGCGAAGCUGACUGGAAAAGAGAUGCAAGAUGAUGCUGUGGCACAAUCGGAUAGAGGGUUGGACAGUGAUACUGAGAUUUGCGUAAGUGGCAGCGGGCACAUAAUCUCAACUGAUAGGCUGGAUGGCUAUGAAGCAGAUGAAAGGGCAAAUGAACCUGAGAAAAAGGAUGAUCUAGAAAUUGAAGGAAGUAGUGUUAUUGAAGAAAAAGGUAUCAGUUGUUUUGAGAAUAAACCUGGUGGCAAACCUUUGAAGAUGCAAGCAGGUGCGCACUGGGAUGUCUUUCGUCGAGAAGAUAUCCCCAAAUUAAUGGACUAUAUAUUCAUCCACCAAAUGGAUUUUGUGAAGUCCAACCAUGCCCUCGGUGAUUAUGUAUCUCAGACUCUGUACGACGGGUCAGUAUACUUGAAUACUCAUCAUAAAAGCAAACUGAAAGAUGAAUUUGGAGUGGAGCCUUGGUCAUUUGAGCAGCACAUUGCAGAAGCAGUAUUCAUCCCUGCUGGUUGUCCUUUCCAAGUCAGACAUCUUCAGUCUUCAGUUCAGCUGGGACUCGAUUUCCUUUCCCCCGAAAGCCUUGCUGAAGCUCAAAGAAUAUCUGAAGAAAUUCGUGGACUCCCAAACGACCACGAAGCAAAGCUCCAAAUAUUGGAGGUGGGAAAAAUAUCAUUGUAUGCAGCAAGCUCAGCGAUCAAAGAAGUCCAAAAGCUUGUUCUCGAUCCCAAGCUAAGAACUGAGCUUGGUUCCGAGGAUCCUAAUUUGACAUCACUGGUGUCCCGGAAUUUAGACAACAUGGUCAAGCACAGACAGAUCUCUUGUACCUAAUCCAUCCCAUCCUCAAGGUAUCGAACUCUAUUCUAUUCUUCGGUCAUAGAAAUAGUUAGUUAUAUAUAUAUAUACGAAUGUUAGAAAUCAUAUCUGCCGAGGGGAUCGAUCAUAACUUCUUUAACAUCACUUUUUGAGAUGGGCGUCAAUUAAAUGUGUAGAGCAUAGAAACCAUAUUGUGAUAAUAUUUCGUCACGAUCAUCAAAUUGCCUGACCUUUCAUUC